CGGUCAUACUGUUGUUUACCUCCAUGCAUGCCGAAUAAAUAGCGAAAUUACGUGAUAAUUGUAUUUGAAAGCUGACUAAAAUCGCUGCUGCCAUGGAAGCCAAGCCCGUGCUAGCGCCUCAGCCACGUCCCCGUGCCAUGGCGGAGCCGCUGCACAUCCAGCGCUUGGAGGCGGCCCUGAACAUGCGGCCCUUCAUGAACAUGGCCAAAAGAACCUUGCGGAAGCCACUAAGUAGCAACGAGGAAACUGACGACGAGCAUGUGGUCAAAAGGGAACAGGAUGUACAGGACUCAGACGACUCCUCCACCGUUGGCGUGGUCCGAAUGAAGCAGUCCAGUAAGCGGAAGAGUCGUCUGUUGGCUAGCAAGGAAGAGCGACAAAGUGUGAAAGCACAACUUUAUAACUUCAACGAUCUGACCAGCGAUCGGGAGUGGCUAUACGAUCUCCUCCUGAGCGACACGGAAAGCGAUGAUCCCACUAUCACUGAAGAUGAGUAUGUGCAGCAACUGCUGAGGGAGCACGUCCGAGAACAGCGUCAGCGGAAGAACUACUACAAAAAGGCCACGAACGCGCAGUAUGCAUACUAUGGCAGCGGCUUGCUGUCCAACCACGACAUCUUUGCCGAGCGUCAGCUGGCGACUGCAGGAGUGCGCAAAAGGCGUCGACGCACCAAACAGGAAAUACUUCUGGCCCGUUUGGCUGAGGCCCAAGCGGGACCAAAACCACCCAAACAGAGAAGGAGAGGCCGCAAGAAGCGAGAAAACCUGGGAUCACCAGAAUCCGGCGAGGUGCCUCCGUCAGAGCUGGGUAAAUAUACAUUUGGUGACACGCUGCCCAACAACGAAGACGAUGACGAAGAUGGUGGCGAGGUUGACUACAAAAGAGAACUUGCCAGCUUGGCGUUAGAUUACCCAGAGGAGGAAGAGAUCGAGGAGGAGGUAAAUGUGGAGGGCGGCACCGAGGGCCAAGUAACAAAAAUUCGGCGAAAGCGAAAGAACCCAGCGGCUUUGGCCGCUCGUCGUCGGCGCAUCUGGCAGAUCAUGUCUAAAAAGGAAUCCGGCAGACUGCAACGCAUCAAGAGUAAUAAUCACAAGGAGAUGCUGGCUAAUUGUAAAAGGGUGGCUGGCAUGUGCGCCAAAGUGGUGCGACAGCGUGCUAUCAAUUCCCAAAGGAUCAUGAAGGAAACUGUGUGGCGUGCAAAGCGACUUACCAGGGAAAUGCUUGCUUAUUGGAAGCGGUACGAACGCGUGGAGCGGGAUCAGCGACGCAAGCAAGAGAAAGAGGCGGAGGAACAGAGAAAACAGGACGUAGAACUUAUUGAGGUGAAACGCCAGCAGCGUAAACUCAACUUCCUGAUCACUCAAACCGAGCUGUAUGCCCACUUCAUGUCGAAGAAACUGGGCCAGGGCAGCGAAGAGGAUCAGCUACGCAUUCUUAGCCAAUUGGAUGAGGAGACCAAUGCCAGGUUGGCGGCUCAAGAUGACUAUGACGUAGGAGAGAUGAAACUUUUGGCUCAGGAGAAUGCCGAGGCAGCCAUGCAAAGAGAUCUUGACAAAACCAGGGCAUUUGAUGUCUUUGUAAAAAAGAAGGAGAAAGAGGAAGAGGAACAGAAGCAGGAAAGUGGGGAGGAUAUAAAACCAGAACCACGACCCGAGAUGAAGGACCUACCCCAACCCAAUAUGUUUAAGGGAACUCUCAAAGGUUACCAAAUCAAAGGCAUGACUUGGCUAGCAAACAUCUACGAUCAGGGAAUCAGUGGCAUUCUCGCAGAUGAGAUGGGGUUGGGAAAGACUGUCCAAUCGAUAGCUUUUCUUUGCCACAUAGCCGAGCACUACGGAGUGUGGGGUCCCUUUCUAAUAAUCUCACCUGCAUCUACCCUUCAUAAUUGGCAACAAGAGAUGUCUAGAUUUGUGCCCGACUUUAAGGUGGUACCAUAUUGGGGCUCACCUAGCGAACGUAAGAUCCUGCGUCAGUUUUGGGACCAAAAACAUUUACACACCCGCGAUGCCAGCUUUCAUGUGGUAAUUACUUCUUACCAGCUGGUGGUCAGCGAUUACAAGUAUUUCAACCGGAUCAAGUGGCAGUACAUGGUUUUAGAUGAGGCACAGGCCAUUAAAAGCGCCGCCUCGCAGCGUUGGAAGCUUUUACUGGGCUUCAGCUGUCGUAAUCGAUUGCUUCUCAGUGGCACUCCCAUCCAAAACAGCAUGGCAGAGCUAUGGGCACUGCUGCACUUUAUCAUGCCUACGUUGUUUGAUUCCCAUGAUGAGUUCAACGAGUGGUUCUCCAAAGAUAUUGAAUCGCAUGCAGAGAACAAAACGGGAAUUGAUGAGAAGCAAAUUUCCAGACUUCACAUGAUUCUGAAACCCUUUAUGUUGAGGCGGAUAAAGAAGGAUGUGGAGAACGAGCUGUCGGAUAAAAUUGAGAUCAUGGUCUAUUGCCCGCUGACCAUUCGUCAAAAGUUGCUUUACAGGGCGCUGAAGCAGAAGAUCUGCAUUGAGGAUCUGCUUCACCUGACCAGUGGAUCCACUACUACUUCAUCCUCUUCUUCGGCAUCAAAUCUGAUGAAUCUGGUCAUGCAAUUUCGCAAGGUAUGUAAUCAUCCUGAGCUGUUUGAGAGAAGGGACGCAAAAAGUCCGUUCUUCAUGCGAUGUGCGGAAUAUACUAUUCCCAGAUUGGUUCACGAGGAAGGACUUAUACACAGAAUGCUGCCAAGUCGAAAGCACUUGCUCUAUAACCGGUUCAAUAUAUUUAAAUCGGAAUACAUGCAAAGGUCUCUUUUUGAGGAUGUAAACGUGAAUAGUUGUUUUGGAUUUACCCGUCUUUGUGAUUUAUCUGUGGGAGAUAUGGUAGAAGUAACCUUGAAUGGACUGAUAGAUUUUCUUUUGCAUUAUCAAAGAGUUCUGGAGAAAUACCCACUACUGGCCUACCGUCGCUUUUGGUGGAAAAAGCAGCCGGACAGUAGAUAUCAACUGUUGGAGCCGAUGCUGGAAAACAAACUAGUUCUCGACUAUAUGCCACCAAAAAGUGUCCUUAAGAACUUCAUAUUCACAGCAAUGACCGCCAACGAAAGCAGCAUUUACGCCUUUGGCGAUUACUUUACGUACAACAUGCAGGAAACCAUCGAACACCGUGUAAUUCGGUCAAAGAUUCUUAAGGAAAAAACGUCGUUAAUUGAGGAGAUGGAGGACGCGUCUAAGCCAAAGCUGGAAAUCGAGUCUGUGGAGGUACAAACAAAGUCAAAUGCCAAAAGCGAUGUAAAGGUGACAACGUUGCUGCUGCUACCAGAGUUUCCGCAUCGCCCACGAAAACCGAGAAAAUAUCUAUGCGAACCGCUUUCCAUGCCACGACUACUUUAUGAUUUGGGACAGAAAGUUCAAGCUGUGCAUAGAUAUUUAUACUGCGACAGUCGGUCUGCAGCCUGGACUCAGAUUCGACACAAUCAGUGUGAGAACAACCAGGGCAGGGAGCUAGUCUCUAGUGGAUUGGCCGUGUGCAAGCCUCAUAGUGGAUGGUCCUCAAUUGUGGUGCCCGAUAAGGAAACCCUGAUUACCGACGCCGGCAAGCUUUUUGUUCUGGACACCUUGCUUACUCGACUAAAGGCGAAUGGACAUCGCGUACUCAUAUACUCGCAGAUGACCAAGAUGAUUGACCUGCUAGAGGAGUACAUGUGGCACCGCAAGCAUCGCUAUAUGCGCCUGGAUGGUUCAAGCAAGAUUUCCGCUCGUCGCGAUAUGGUUGCCGAUUUUCAAACGAGAGCAGAUAUCUUUGUGUUCUUAUUGUCAACGAGAGCCGGAGGUCUGGGAAUUAAUUUGACAGCCGCUGAUACGGUCAUCUUCUACGACUCGGACUGGAAUCCCACUGUCGAUCAACAGGCCAUGGAUCGGGCUCAUCGAUUGGGCCAAACGAAACAGGUGACUGUCUACCGACUGAUCUGCAAAGGAACCAUCGAGGAGCGAAUUCUGCAGAGGGCCCGAGAAAAAAGCGAGAUACAACGCAUGGUCAUAAGUGGCGGCAAUUUCAAACCCGACACACUCAAGCCCAAGGAAGUGGUUUCAUUGCUGUUGGAUGACGAGGAAAUUGAAAUGAAAUAUCGCCAGGAGGCCAAACUGCAGUCUUCUUCACCAAUUCCACCAGCUACCCAAAGCGAACGAAAAAGACGACAUCCCCAAAAGGAUGUAAAUAUGGGUGGCACCACCAUCGCGGCCACAUCGGUUACCCAAAACCCUGACGACGAUGUGCCCAGUUGCAGUUCGGCGGCAAAACGCCUAAAGCUGGAAUCUGAAGAGGACUUCAUCGACGUGGGCAUUACGUCAUCAGCCUCGAGUGUUGGCACGGACAGCAAUCAUCCCACUCUCAGCCAGGAAACGUAUGUGCCAGGAGCAACCUGUGUCCAGCAGAUGGAAAACGACUCCGAAAAUGAGGCUCUGGUGGUGGAUGGAGAUAGCCCCACGUUGCUGGGCCCAAACGAGUCCAUGAACUUCCUCGGCGACCUGAGCGGCAUUUCGCCGAUGCGGCGGCGGCACCACCCGCGCGGCACAAGACGCGGACGUCCCAGGGGCAGCUCGCGGCGCGGCGGCGGACACGGCUCGAUCCCGCGCGUGCUAACGCCGACGCAAGCGGCAACGCCAGCGGUACCGGCCUCGGCGACGCAGGCUGCGGCGGGAACAGGAACAGGAGCGGCAGCGGGAGCGGGAGCGUCUUCACCCCUGCAGCAACAGGAAGUAAGCGGCGGUGGCGACAGUGCCGGCGUCCCGCUAAACGAAGAAGAUUAUAGAACCAGUCCAUCCGGACAAUCGCCUGGCGUGUCCUGCAAACGCGGACCAGGACGACCUCGCUCCAAAACCGCCACACCCAUCAGCCGAGGAACCCGCGGCGCUCCCCGUGCCCGCCGACCCAUGGGUCCAUUGCUGGUACCUCUGGGCCGAAGUCCGGAUGCCACGCCGCCCAGCAGCAGUCCGGCCACAAGUCGGGCGCCCAGUCCAUCAACUGGAUCUCAUGGUGGCGGAGGUCCAGAGUAGUUCCCAAAAAAACUUAAUUGUAUUUGAAAGAUAAAAAAGAAAUAAAAAGAAGAAUUGCUGAUUAAAACAAUAGUGCAGCUCACAUUCAGUCUUCAGAAUAUAAAA